UCUGAGAAACAGAAACCAUGAUACUGUCGGAGAGGAAUGAAAGUGGGACCACGUUCACUCUCUUGGGCUUCUCAGAUUACCCAGAACUGCAGGUCCCCCUCUUCUUGAUUUUUCUGGCCAUUUACAGCAUCACUGUUGUAGGGAAUAUUGGGAUUAUUGUCAUCAUCAAAAUUAACCCCAAGCUGCACACCCCCAUGUACUUUUUCCUCAGCCACCUCUCAUUUGUGGAUUUCUGCUAUUCCUCCAUCGUUGCCCCCAAGACCCUGGUGAACCUAGUCGUAGAAGACAGAACCAUUUCAUUUCUGGGAUGUGUUGUACAAUUCUUUUUCUUUUGUACCUUUGUGGUAACGGAAUCCUUUUUAUUGGCUGUGAUGGCUUAUGACCGCUUUGUGGCCAUCUGCAACCCUCUGCUCUACACAGUUGCCAUGUCCCAGAAACUCUGUGCAUUGCUCGUGUUCGGAUCGUAUGCAUGGGGAGUAGCGUGCUCCUUGAUACUCACAUGUUCUGCUAUCAAGCUAUCAUUUGAGGGGUUCAACACAAUCAACCACUUCUUCUGUGAGUUCUCCGCACUGCUCUCCCUCUCUUGCUCUGAUACUUAUGUCAACCAGUUGCUGCUUUUUAUUUUUGCCACCUUUAAUGAGGUCAGCACACUGCUCAUUAUUCUCAUGUCCUACGUAUUUAUUCUUGUCACCAUCCUCAAGAUGCAUUCAGCCAGCGGUCGCCGCAAAGCCUUCUCCACCUGUGCCUCACACCUGAUGGCUAUCACCAUCUUCCACGGCACCAUCCUCUUCCUCUACUGUGUGCCCAACUCCCAAAACUCCAGGCACACAGUCAAAGUGGCCUCUGUGUUCUACACAGUGGUCAUCCCCAUGUUGAACCCUCUGAUCUACAGCCUGAGAAAUAAAGAUGUCAAGGAUACAGUCAGCAAGCUAAUGGACACUAAAGUCUUUUCUUGUUGAGCAUAUUGUUUUAGUAGC